AUGCUUGCGUCGCGAGUGCGACAGCAUGUCAAUCCGCUUGCGUCGCACUUUGACUAUCCCCCAGCACUCCCUGCUGCCUGGGACGAGGUCCUGGCCGAUGCCCAGGGUCUGCCGCUGGUGGUGGACGUGGGAUGCGCGGCUGGCGGAUGGAUGGUGGCUCUGGCCAAGAAGCGGGUAGAUGUCAACGUCAUUGGUUUGGAGAUCAGGAGGCCUGUGGCCAAGGCUGCGGCUGCCGCCACCGAUGAGCUGGCCAACGCGUACGCCGCCUGGGGCAACGUCCUGCCGGAGCGAGCACCGGCGCUUAUCGACGCUCUGCCGCGUGAGCCAGCGCUGAUCACCUUCCACUUUCCGGAUCCGUGGUUCAAGAAGAAGCACACCAAGCGGCGCGUGGUCAAUCCGGGGCUCGCCCGCGCGCUUGCCUCGCGCCUCGCGCCGGGCACCGGCAUCUUUGUCCAGACCGACGUCCUCGAGCUGUUCGAGGCCAUGGACGAGGUGUGGAGCUCGACGCCGGGCUUUGAGCGGAGUACCGCGCUUCCGGAUCUGUUUCCGGGCUCAGUCUUUGCCUCGGGCGCCUCGACCGACGGAUCGGUCAACGCCACUGGUGUGGCGACCGAGCUCGAGACCCGAUGCCUCGCCCGAAACAUGCCCAUCUACCGCGCCCUGUUUGUGCGGAGCGCGCUUUGAGUCGAGUUUAGGCGAGAAUCUCGUCGGCGUCGAGCUCGACUUGGAUGGUUGACGCGUCUUUGGUCACACCGUGGACGUCCUUGUCGGCAAAGCCGAGGGUGAUGUGAAAGUCGUGCGCGGGAAAGCCGAGGCGGGCGAGCGCGUCGUUGGCUGAUGGCCAAUCGAGGACAAGGAACCAGGUCGUGUUGUCUGCCUCGCACGCCUUGCCGAUGCCACGCGGCAUCCAGUCGUCGGCGAGGACGCAGUCGACGUCGAUGCCUUCGAGCUCCGGGUCAGGCGCAGACGCGAGGUCGGCCGGCUCGGCGCGGCCUGUCAGCUUGUCCAGAACAGCGGC